AUGGAAUUUUUAAAAAGUUUUGACUCGGAUGACGACGUAGAAUUCGUCGAGACAUUCUUCAAUGUUGUGCAACACGUUCACGCCGAAGAAAGUUCGAAUGCAGCGCGUACAAGGACGGUCGUCAAUCGUGAUCGCCAAGCCGCACACGACUUAUUGGUACGUGAUUACUUUGCCGAUAAUUGUCUUUAUAAUGACGACUCGUUCAAACGUCGUUUUCGUCUGAAUAAGGCUAUAUUUUUACGUAUUAGUAAUGCUUUAGAAUCUCGUUAUGAUUUUUUCAAACAAAAACCCGACGCUAGAGGAAGAAUGGGUUUUAGUAGUAUACAAAAAUGUGCGGCUGCUCUUAGGUAUUUGGGAUACGGUAUAGCAUUUGAUGCAUCUGACGAAUACUUGAAAAUAUCCGAGAGGACCGCGGUUGAAUGUGUAGAUUGGUUUUCUGCAUGUGUUUAUGAGGUUUUCACGAAGAAUAUUUGCGUAAACCUACUCAACGUGAUAUUGAGAGAUUAUAUUCGGCUCAUGAAGAGAGGCAUGGAUUUCCCGUUCACUCGAGGAGAUAUAGGUGAACCAACUAUCAUCCUAGAAGCUGUUGCAUCUCAAGAUUUGUGGAUAUGGCAUGCCUUUUUUGGAGUAGCGGGGUCUAACAACGACCUUAAUGUUCUUGGUCAGUCUCCACUUUUCAACGAUAUUUGGACCGGCAAAGCACCUAAUAUGACGUUUACGGUAAACGGGCACGCGUACAAAUAUGGUUACUACCUUGGUGAUGGGAUAUACCCGGAUUAUUCUACAUUGAUGAAGGCAUACUCAGUUCCUCGAAGUGAAAAAGCAAAAUUGUUUACAAAAAAACAGGAAUCAGCGAGAAAGGAUAUCGAGAGGACAUUUGGAGUCCUUAAGCAAACAUGUGGUAAGUAUCCCAUGUUAGUGGUAAUGGAAUGUGGUGCUGAUGUGGCACCCACCACAUAUGUGGUAAUUCAUCAAUAA